UAUAGGACUAUUACUAUUGUAAAUGUAUUGAGCUGUAAUUUUGUGCUAAAAAAUUCAAAAAUGUUUACAUGUGCAAUUUAGAUCUGCUUUAGUGGCCUUGUUGAUGACGUAGACACACUCGUGGUGGAACUUUUGGCGAACGCAAAAAUUGUCACGACAGAGGGCGAGAAAAAAUGCGCCUAACUACUACUACGCGUGCGCUGAAGUCUUGGAUGGAGCAAAACGACACACUGAAACUUGGGCUUGACCCAGACGGAUUGUCUAAAAGGAGAAUUUCAUCGAUUCUAAAAGCUCCACGGACAUCUAUGAAAGCUUGUGGAGUGGAUCAGGAUGACAAUCAGCAGGAAAGUAGACCAACUGAAAAACGGCGGAACUCACGAAGAGUCAGUUUUGCCACCACAAAUAAUGUUCACGUUUUCUCAAAAGAUACCAAGACUGAACCUCCUGUAUUGUCUCCCAUCCACAACUCAACUGUUGCUGGCUUAGAUGCUGCCCUAGACACACCAUUACAUGUGUCUCUGAUUAAAAAGGGAAAUUUCUUCCCAGAUCCUGUUUUGCUAGAUGACUGUGUGGACAAAACUGUGUUACUUGGAGAUGAUACUGGAUGCAUGGAUAUGACUCAUAGUCAUACAAUUACAAUUAACAACAAGGAAGUUGAAAUUAACCCACAGUUCUGCUCCAGUAUUGGUAGAAAUGACACAGAGCAUCACAACCUUAAGGGUCAAACUGAUAUACCUUCUAAGACAACUGCUGCUAUGAGAAAAGAUGCAGUAGAUUGUGAUUUCAAUGAUUUUCUUGCUAGUAUAUCAAAAAAAAGUGUUACAGAGUCAUUUAAGAAAAAAAGUCUGGAUUUGUUUGGAUUGAAAGAUACAAGUGAACUAGAAACGGAUAAGGAGAAUGUCUUACCAUCUGUUUUUAACAAGCAAGUAUGUUGUCCAGUUAAUUCACAACCCAAAGGACUUAAGUCUAAACAUUCAACUUUCACGUUUCUUGAGGAAGACCACAUGGAUAUGACCAGGAGUCACACUGUUGUAAUUGACAGGCAAGAUACUGCUCAGUAUGCUCCAUAUUUGGUACAUGAAAAUCAUGGUAAAUGCAUGGGAUCAGUGACGCAGUUGUUUUCAAAUGAUUCAGAUAACAUGGAGCUUACUCAGUCUCAAACUACUAAUCUCAACACCAAACCCAUGGAAAAUGUGAGUCUGAACAUAUCCACGUCUGUGGAUCAAAAUGAAGCCAGUUUUGUCUCCGAUGACACAAGUGGAAUGGUAAUGACUGAGGUUUUUGAUGAAUAUGUUCAAGAACAUGAGAAUCAAGCAACCAAAGAAAAAGUAGUGUUCCUUUUCCCCCACGUCAAUAGAAUUUCUUCGAUUAAUCAGUCUAAAAACGGACAUGUGUCUGACCAAAACACAGUUGACUGCCUUCAGAGUAACCUUUCAUUUGCCCCAAAAAAUACAUUUGAUGAUAUAGAAAUAACACCACCUCAGACUGCUGUGCUUGAGAUCAAAUGUGGCAAAGAUUCUUUUUGCAAGACAGGGAAUGUUUCCUCGGUUGUGCCAACAUUUUCCAGUAGUGAUGGUGACAGAAUAGGUGGCCUUGUAGACACUGAACCUGGGAUGAGCAAGAGAGCUGCAAUAGACACUGUAUUACACAAUGAUCAGAGUGACUUUAUGGAGCUAACAUGUCAAGCCAAUACUGCAACUGUGCUUAUGUCUCCUAGUCCUGAUGACAUGGAAUUGACCACAUGUAAUAAUAUUGCCAUAAACUCACAAAGUAUUUUGGCAACAAGUGAAAAAAAGUCAAGAAAACGUGCAUCCUUCAUGCUACCACCUUCAGUCUCUUCGGAAGUCAGACAGGUUGGUCAUUUUCAGAGUGAUCUUUCAGUUGCUCACAUGCUUGAUGAUAUGGAAAUGACACAAUGUCAGACUGCUGUUUUAGAGACCAAAUGCUGUGCGGAGUACCAGCCUUUCAGCAAAACAAGGAAAAGUGUAUCACUUGCAUCAAUGUCUUACAAAACUGAUGCAAUUGACAAUAAAACUAUGGACAUCACCCAUGAACUCGGUGGGAAUAAGUCACUGAAUAGAUUUUCAUCAUCUGAGAGAAGAAAGUCUGAAAGCUCUGUGGAACCUACAGCACAGAAAAGUCUUGACCAGGACCUGCCUGAUUGCAUAGAAAUGCAUCAGGGAAGGGCUUCUUUUAUGCUUAUUACAGACAUGGAACUGACAGGAUGCCAGUCUGUUCCAAUUGACACAAAAAGUGCAUGGCAAUCAAGUGCCUCAAACGCAGCACAAAAUCCACCCUAUUUGUUAACUUCCAGGUCUACUGUGUUGAACACAUGCCAAAUGGAAAAGUCUAAAGUAGUUAGUGACGAGCCAGGAAAAGUACUUCCCACGCCAAGCAUAGAUUGCAGGUCUCCAGUUGCAGCAGUGGUUGUGGAUGCUGGAAAUCCUGUAGGCAAUCGGAAAGAGGAGAUGUCUUGUUUAGUUGACACGGACUACAAAAACUGUGAUGCCUCACAUCUUAGCAAUGUAUUGGGAAGCCAGUCACUUAAUUUGACAGCAAAAAAUUUAGAGAACUCUGAGGAACACUGUGAUAUGGAGCUUACCAAGGCCUUUACAAUGCCCUUUGAAGAUCAGUGCAGUGUUGCCUUUAAUCAGCGAGAAAUUACAAAAGAAAGUGCAGGGAAUUUGUCUGGUGUCACUGACCACAAGGCAUUUAAAGACUGGGACUGUGCAUUUAAAGACACAAGAACUGUGACAGCUAUCAAAACUAAUUUUGAAGUUGAGUCUGAAGUGGAUGCUGUCAAAAAAGAGUGUGAUGGUUCUGUCCAGUUAAGACGCAGGAGCCUAGCCGACCUACAAGUGGAACUUAAGAAGAUUGCACAAUGUGUAAAUGAGCCAAAUGGAUUGGUGAAAGGAAGUGCUACAGCUCCUAUAGCCACCUUCAUUGGUUCUGAGAGGUGUAUAGCUGAUGGACAUUCUGAGAGAGACAGUUGCACAGAGCCUCCAAAGGAAACACCUAAUGUAAAAAAUAAAGUCAACUCUUCUCAUAAUGAGUGCCUCACUCCUUUCAACCUCAAGAACGCUCUUGCAGCUAGACUGUCCAUUGGUGGUAUCAUGCCAAAACUUCCUCUGAGGGCAAAGUCAGCAAGCCCACAUCACUUAGAACCCAAACACACUAAGAAUGUUCAAAACCUUCACCUAGAGACGCAUUUGGAUGUCGGUAUGCAAAGUAAUAGCCAUAUAACCGACUUCAUUGAUAAUACGGUGUUACCUGAAGAUGGUUUUUCAGACACUCUUGUCAGCUGUCUGAGCAAUAGGAAAGAUGAGCAAGAGGCCUCUGCAGUGGUACUUUUGGAUGACAGUUGUGUUCAAGGCUUUGAGUCAGAUGUAACUAUAAAUCAGUGUGAGAAAACGCCAUGUGAAGUAGGAGAUAUGGAUGUCAGAAAAGAAGCCAGUGAAAAAUUGCAGCACAGUGAUUCUACAGCUCCAAGCCUUAUAGCAAAAAUGAUUGAUGACACCUGCUCUAGCAGCAGCUCCACCAAUGUCAAAUGUGAAGGAAUCUCUGAAUCAACUCUGAGGAACUCACAGCUUGAUUCCCAGAUUGAUGGGUCAGUGGAUCAUGAAUUUGAUUUCAACAAGAAACUUGAAGAUGGCAGCAUCACGGUUAAUGAGUUUUUAAGCCACUUUGGUGCCAACUUUGUAAUUCACAAAUCAAGACCCAGCGCUCUACCUGAUGGCUUUAGAGCUGCCGAAACCCACACAAUGUUGGACUUUCUCAGGGAAAAAUACAUUCACCGUCCUAAGCAGAGAGUCUAUGAGACAGAUUGCCAAAAACUCACUGAGAUGGCUGAGGGACUGAAAUCACGAAUGGCAGAGCAGGAUAAACCACUAAGAAAUAUCAAUGGAUCACUUCUGCAAGAUGUCUGUGGCUUCUCAAAAUUUGAGCUGCAAAAAUUUGGUGCAAGAUUGAAGGAACAAAGGGUCUACUUCCGAAAGAAAAGUAAGAUACUUUCCCAUGGCAUGAAGAGAGAAUUGUACUCUGAGCUUUUGAAAACAACACAGGAGGCAAAACUAAAGCUGAUGGCCAAAAUCAAUGAGGUAAAUGAGAUGUUCAAAGACCUAGAUGGGUGUGCCAGUGACUUGGAAUCUGAAUUGGCAGCAAUGAAUGGCAUCAUCAUGAGAGACCAACAAUCCGUUAUUGGAACUGAGCCUUCUUUGAAAGAAAAACAAGAAGACCUUGACGCUCUUAACUCAGUAGUUGCUGAAACAGAGAAACAAAUUGAUGACCUAGAAUGCCAGAAAGUGUCUUUGGAGAACACACAGAAGAAACUGCAAUAUGAAACUAGGGGCCUUAAAAGUCAUAUCACAAAUCUGAAUAGUCUGAAUGAAUGGAGGUUCAGUGGGAGCGAUGAAAAUGGGGCCAUUUUUACCUUUCUUCAUGACACUGUGCAGCUGGAGGUGAAAUUGAAAAAGGCCAGUGAAAAAGAAUGGGUGCGUGAAGAUAAUGAAAAAGACAUGGAUAUAUCGUUCACAUUCCUACUGAAUGGUGAAAGGUCACAGUCCCAUGCAAGCAUGAUUCAUAAAUUACUCGCAUCAUACAUUCAAGCCCAAAGUAAAUGGAUGCAGAAGUACCCAACAACUCGACACAUACCAAUGUUGCUCCAUGAUGUCGGCUUGGUGGUUAGCCGACUUCGACUUCUGGGUGAGGAAAUCCAUCAGUUGAAGAAGUGGGGAGGCCUGAGGCUGGGAAUCCUCCAUAUUAACUGUGUAAAUACACUAGUUGAAAUCACGUUUUCCAGUGUGAAGGCUUUUGUCAAGUUUGAGCUAAGCCUGGCCAUGUCUUCAGACUACCCAUUCGGAUCUAUUCAAGUGGGAAAAUUCCAAAAUCAUACUGGCAACACAAGGGUAGACCAGAUUGAAGGCAUUGUACACUCUGUUGUGCCAGCCAAAAACUAUCUGACAAAAGUCAUCAAGAGGAUUCAUGCUGAACUUCUGGGAUAAGCUGCUUGCAAAACAACUGGCUCUCGUGGGUGAAAUACCCACGUGUUUAGCAUUCGGUUUCCAUCUUGUAUAUUAAAAAUUAGUACAGUUCUAAUUAAAGGUCCAAUAAGAAUUAACUUUCAAUUAUACUAUUUGUAUGGAGCUUCCUUUUUUUUUUUAGAUUAGACAUUGUCAUAAAACUGCAAUUGGGUUAUUCUUUAUAAUACAAUUCUGGUUUGCAUCUGUGGAGUCACAUUUAGUGCCUUGUAUGUGUAUUAUGUAAUUUGAUUAUAAUAAGUGGCAACAUCAUUAGGAAUGCUCAAUGCAUCUCCUAUAAGUAAUAUUUCAAGUAUUGCGGUAUCUUACAGUAGUGUAGAAGUCACACAUUUUAAUUUAUAUUUUUAGUUUUUCCAUGUGCCCAUUGUUAACAAAAGCCAAUGCCUUAGAUGAAAGAACAUGCUAAUCUAUAUAUAGAGCAAUUGGUUCAGCGAUCAGUUCAAAUUCUAUAUGUACACAUCCUCCCCCACCCCAAGCACAGAUCCUCAGCUAAAUAUCCAUGCUUAUACCUCUCAAACGUUUGUACCCUUUCAUCAGUAUAAUUCAACUGUGUGUGAGUGUGUGUGUGUGUGUGUGUGUAUAUAUAUACAAUGUGUGUGUGUGUACACCCUAGUAGAUAAGAUUGUAGGUGUGUCUUGGCAAUAAAUUGUCUCGUUUGUUUUACUUUCUUUGUCUAGGCAUUACUCUUGGUGUCAAAUAAAAUGUAUUUGAAUCAUCUAGAA